ACGUUGCUUCUUAAUUCAAAGUUUCUCGGCGAGUGCCAUUUCGAAUCACUACGAGACUAUUUUAAAGAACAGGGAAAUGCGUCACUUGAGAUUUAUCGUUAAACUCUCUCUCUGUCGCUGAGAUUCAUCGUCGAGUAAGAUGGGAAGAUCGAAAUGGAAGAAGAAGAUACAACAAGAAAAAUCGACAGAAAGACAAACUGAAGAGUCGACAAAUACAAAAGUGCCAAUACAUAAUUUGCCAGAAAAGUUUCUCUGUAUGCAUGUGAAGAGCGGUACAAAGAUCAGGAAUGUUCUUGGCUACGCGAUGAAGGAAUUUCCCAGUUAUAACAGUAUUAUCUGGACGGGGACCGGAAGUGGCGUCGCGAAAACAAUUUCUUGUGCAGAAAUCUUUAAGAGAAAAUACGAGAAUCUUCAUCAAGUAACAAAGCUACGUUACGUCAACUCGGAAAAGUCGAAAGAGGAUACUGUUAAGGCUCAUCGGAUACCGGAAAUCCAUAUUUUACUGACUAAGGAUAUUAAAGACACAACUGAACUUGGAUAUCAAGCACCUGGAGAUAGUGGAAGAUUUCUGAGAAAUGAAAAUGCAACGGAAUCAAAAACGAUUACAACAGAAAACACUGAUGAUUCGAAAAUGGACACUACAGCGGAAAGCACUGGUGAUGUGAAUAUGGGCGUCAGAAUAGAAAGCACUGGUGAUGUAAAACUCGACACAAUAGAAAGCAUUAAUGAUGUAAAAACGGGUAGUACAACAGAAAAUACUGGUGAUGUGUCUUGCAUCGACGAGCAAUCUAGAAUAAUGAACAAAAAUAAGAAAAGAAAAAAAAACAAGGCGAUAGAAAACGUGGAACUACAUUCGAAGAAAAAAAAACAUCGUAACUAA